CUUUUUUUAGGUUUUCAAAUGGCUGAUCCUUUUCUGUAUCAUACUGGAGACAGAUCUGGAUAUGGGUGCCUUGGACAUGAAGUACAAAUUGAGCACAUCAAGGCAUAUGUCUGUAGACCAUCUUUUUUCACAGACAAAGCUGUGAUUGUGAUUCAUGACAUAUUUGGAUGGAUGUUCCCAGACAUUAGAUACAUAGUUGAUUUGAUUGCAGGUCAUGGAUACAUAACUAUCUGCCCAGACUUCUUCAAAGGGACAGACCCCUGGAAAACUACUGAUCACUGGGCUGACUUUGCUGACUGGAUGAAACACCAUGAUCCUACGAAAGUAGACAAGGAAGCUGAUGUUGUCUUGAAGUAUCUAAAGGAACAAUGCGAUGCAAAGAAGAUUGGUAUCGUUGGGUUUUCCUGGGGUGGAAUGGCAGUACAUCACUUGAUGCUGAAAAAUCCUCAAUUAACCGCUGGGGUUUCCCUCUAUGGAAUAAUUAGGGACUCUGAAGAAAGAUACAAUUUACUAAAUCCCACAUUUUUCAUUUUUGGUGAGAAAGACCACACUAUUUCUUAUGAUCAGAUAAACUUAUUGGAGGAGAAGCUGAAACAGUACUGUAAGGUUGAAUAUAAAAUUAAAGUUUAUCCUGGACAAGUUCAUGGUUUUGCACAAUUGAAGCCAGAAGAUAUGAAACCUGCUGACAAACCUUAUAUUGAAGAAGCUAGAAAGGAUAUGAUUGACUGGAUCAAAAUGUUUGUUUGACAAAAGCAUGAAGUAACACUAGGCAUCAAGAUCAGUGACUUAAUCUGAGAGAAGAAAACAGUCAAGGGAAAACUAUUUGGGUUUGAAAAUUGUUAUAAACAAAAUUAGGAACAUUUUAAUUUAUAAUUCUUAAUUAUUUUUUUACAAGUUUUAUACAAGACUGUGAAAUCAAAGUUGGACUAAAGGACAAUUAGGAAUUAAAAACUUGCUUGAACUUACCUUGUUUUGCAUUUGCCUCAUUAUUCUGCUUUAUGACAUCAAUCAUAACGAUACUUUUUUAUCCCUUUGUCCUUGCUAGUGAGCAUGACUUCAUUGUGACUUUACCCAAGUAGUUUCAAGCUUUAUUUUGGUGUGAUAGUUGGUGGUUA